AAUGUCAACCACAACUACUCAAACGACUUCUAAAAAUGAAUUAGUUAAGUGGAUAAAUGAAACCUUUAAAGUAAUCAAUUAAAUAUCUAUGAAAUUAGUUAACAAUUACAUAACUAGAAACACUUGGCACAGGUAGUACAUUUUGUUAAAUAUUUGAAUAUUUAUAUCCAAAUACAAUACAAGGAAAUAAAAUCAUUUGGAAAGCUAACAAAGAGAAUGAUUAUAUCAAGAAUUUCAAGACCUUAGCAGAUGCUUUUACAAAACUCAAUAUUUAAAAAUAAUUAGAUGUACACUGUUUUUAUUAUUUUAGAUCUAAUCACUUUCAAAGGCUAAGUAUUAAGACAUUUUAGAUUUGGCAUAAUUCUUGAAAUAAAAAUUUGAUAAAUAAACAGAAAAAAGAGAAAAUUAUGAUCCAAUUGAAUUUAGAAAAGUAGAAGAAAGAAAAGUGUUUACUCCAACUAAUAGAAAAACUUUAUCAACUUUAAAAGAUAAGACAAAUAAUGAAAACACAACUACAUCUACUCAUUCUUUAUUAGUUAAAAGACCACUUUCAAAAACCUCCUCUUGGAAAACUACAAAACCAACAUUCACUAAAACACCUGAACUUAGUUCUAUAACAGAAAUUAUCAAUAAUACAGAAGAUGAUGAGGCAACUAAAGUUAAAAAGAUCAAAACACUAUUCAUUUGAA